CGGGCUGGGACCCGGGGAUGUAACACAGAGCCUGGGCACCUCGCUCUCCCGAUCUAGGGGGAAGCACGACCUCCUUCCCGGCAUGCUUUGUGAACAGAUCCUCUGAUUGGUUACUGCAUGGAGGCGGGAAUUAUGGACAGAAUGCUGGGAGUCAUACGUCAUCAAUAGUCGUCUGAGCAGAGGGAGUAGAGAAUAAGACAAUAUGUCUGCAAAUCGGCCUACUGGAGGAGGAGACCAGAUUAAAUCGGUCCAGGCAGGAAAUGGGGCAGUACAUUUUGGACAGCAUCAGUAUACUGCUGAAGAAUACCAAGCUGUCCAGAAUGCUCUGCGUCAGAAGCUGGGUCCUGAAUACAUCAGCAGCAGACAGGCAGGAGGAGGACAGAAGGUGUGUUACAUAGAAGGGCACAGGGUAAUCAGUCUGGCCAAUGAGAUGUUUGGAUACAAUGGUUGGUCCCAUUCCAUAACUCAGCAGAAUGUGGAUUUUGUGGACCUGAGUAAUGGCAAAUUUUACGUGGGGGUGUGUGCAUUUAUCAAAGUCCAACUGAAGGAUGGCUCCUACCAUGAAGAUAUAGGUUAUGGUGUCAGUGAAGGUCUGAAGUCUAAAGCUCUAUCAUUGGAAAAAGCUCGGAAAGAAGCAGUCACUGAUGGAUUGAAGAGAGCACUCAAAUGCUUUGGGAAUGCUCUUGGGAAUUGCAUUAUGGAUAAAGAGUAUCUCCGUGCUGUUAACAAAUUACCAAAGUUGCCGCAAGCAGAACUGGAUCCUGCACUGACAAAGCGACAAGAUUUUGACGCUUCGCUGGAAAAGGCACGUUUUAAUGGCUAUCUAAUCAAACCGAAACCACCAGACAGACUUCAUCUAGAACCAGUUGACAAGGAAACUCCUGAGAUGAGUGAAAAAUUACCCACCAAACAGCACCAACAGGAUCACACCAGCAAGAACACAGAACAAAACAACACUAGUAUAGGAGGCUCUGGACCUGCACUAGCUGGAUCAUCCAUCCAUCUGGAGAUGGAUGCAACGUACCAACGCAAACUGCGCCAGAAGCAGCUUCAGCAGCAGUUCCGUGAGCGGAUGGAGAAGAGACAGCAGAGCAGCUCUCCAGACAUAAAUAGAGGAGUGAGCGCACAUACUCAUAUGGCCACCCACCACAGUCAUAGCACUCCAGCAACUGUGCAGGGUGCAUCUGUGCCCGAGGAGGAGCUUCUGGCAGAUGACCCUGAGUUGUGGGAUAUCCCGUUAGAUGGGGAAGUGGAUCAUAUAUCAAAUAAUACUUUACAGAAUGCCCCCAGCUCUAUCACAACACCACACAAUACCCCGGGGCAGCAUCAGAUGUUGACACGAAGUAAGACCCCACAGCGGGUAAACAGCAAUAACCAACUUGUUCGAUCAGACACCUGGAUUCAGAGACAUGGAAAUCAAAGAUCAGAUAGAAGUCCAUGUCGGCCAAACCAGGGACUAAUCAAAAAGAGAAGGCUGGAACCUUGAUCUAAACCAGGAAUUAAAUCUUUGUAUAGAGACCGAAUUAUUUCAUUGCAGUUUCUUCCUACUACACUUUUCCUAGAGUAUGUUGUACUGUAUAUGGACAUUGAUCCUGCGCCCUUAAUGGACCCUAUGAGACUUCUAUAUUGGGUGUGUAGACUGCAACACUACAACAUAUGGUAUUCAGCUUUAUGGAGUUGUUCAUUAUGUUUCACCAAUGUCCAACAGCAGAAGAUGAUGAUCGAAGAUUGCUGCACCUCAAAUGCCACUGACCCAACAGGUGUUUUUACUGUCCUCUUUGGAAUAGAGUUGGUGGUUCAUGAGAAUGGGUUUUAAGAACCAUGGCUUGGAAAUGGUGAGAAAUUGACACGACAACUAUGUUGUUAAACAUUUUUCACACCUUCACACACCGAUUAUAACUCUCUCUCUCUUAAUGUUUUUAACCACUCAAAUAUGGUUUACAUAUAACUAUGUUUGCACACUUUUCUGUAUUAUUUCAUCGAUCCUGUGUCAUAAACAGUACACGAUUUCAGAUAUAAAAUUUGUAUUGAAUAGAGCAGUCAGGCUAGAUGUUACAAAACAAUCUUCAUGUUGGAGGAGUACUGUCUCAUUACCCUUAUGUCCAGCUCUGUCCAUUACUUAUCAGAUAAACAAAUUGGCUCCUGACUGUAUGAAAGCUUCUGUGCUCCGUGUACAUGAUCUACAUUCUGGCAGCUGGGUGGGGAGCUGUGGACACAAUAGCUGAUUUUAGCAAAAUAAAUUAUUUUGUGCAAGCGAUGGCACUGUUCUUCUCUGUGAUGGAGAAAAUAUGUUAUUCUCUGUACCUUCAAUGUUUUUUAUUUUAUUUGUUACAUGGGAAUUGUAUUGUAAGGUAUUUUUCUGUAUACCAUUUUAAAGUUCUGUUUUGUAAAAUAA